AUGGCGUUCCACUUCGAUCCGGCUCUGCAGUUUGACCUUGAGGUACCAAUUAGAGUCGAACUCUUCGUCCCACUCCAUCUACUCCAUCGCUUUCAUCCAUCCAUCGAGCCUGUCACAACCCCGGGCAACCACGAGGAUCUCAUGACCCCUCGAAAUCCUCUGAAGGCACUCAAGCCCACCGCUUUGACCAUCGCCAAAGUGGUCAGCAAACAGAUUUUUGGCUCGACCGAAGCUGUUCGUGAAGAUUUACGGCCCAUUGGUUUCUGGGCAAAGGACGGGACGCUGGAAGCCAUUUUCUUCUACCUCAACCACCGCCUCCGCAUAGAGGACGUCGGCCUCAACCCGGAAUACAUACGCGUCGCCGCCCGGGAGGGGGGUGAUGGAGAACUUGUCCUGGAACCGGCAGUGGUAAUGGGGGAGCGUCGCGAGGAGAACAACCACCAGGCCGAAGGGAGAUGGCAAUUCCCGUCCCAGCUCAAGAUGCACGUUUUCACCCUCUCAACAACCCACCACCCCCCCACCAUGGAGACAAAACGCCCCAAAGACCAACCCAUCGCCGCGAUCCUGCUAGGACGCGCGCACGACACCGACGAAGCCACACGAAUCUUCACCGAAAAAGUCCAACAGCGGCCACUCUUCCUCACCCCGUCCUCCCCACCCCCCUCCGACGCGCGCGCAGCACGGCGACGCGCCCAAGAAAAAAAGAAACAGCAGCGCAAGAAGGCGCUCAAGCCCAAACCGCUCUCGGCGACCCAGCGCCGCCGCCUCGGCCUCUACGACGUGCCGCGCGCCGCGCAGCGCUACGCGCUCUUCGAGCCCCUGCACCGCCUGUGGCUCGGGUACGUGCGCGAGAUCCUCGGCGCCGAGGUCUACACCGGCGGGGAGGGGGCCGCGGCGAAGCUGGCGAGCGCGGAUUUUCAUGGUGCGGGGGUCGAGGUGGUGCGCAGUGGCUGUGUGAGUCGGGUGGGGAUCGAGGGGAUUGUGGUGAAGGACUCCAAGUUUGCGUUUGAGGUGGUGACGAGGAGGAAUCAGGUCAAGUUGGUGCCCAAGGAGGGGACGGUGUUUCGGUUUGUGGUGCCGGUGCCGGAUGUGGGGGGGGAGGAGGGCGAGGGACAGGCUGCGCAGACGUCGAGUAUGGUGUUUGAGAUCCACGGGGAGCAGUUCCAGUUCCGAUCGGCCGAUCGCGCGUCGAGGAAGUUUAGGUCACACUUUUCCAAGAAGCUGUGA